UAAGCAGACUCCACAGAAACUGUAGAAUAUGGAUAAGAAGGCGCACAUAACAAGUGACACUGCAAAAGUUUGGAAAGUGUUACAGGACAGGACUUCUCGGUGGAGCUAAUUUAUUUGUAGAAUUGUCAAGUUUGUCAAACGAAAGCUUUGAUCUUUGUGAACUCAGCUCUGAGAUUAGAGUUGAGUCUCAGAAUAGCCUUGAACUAAGUAAGUAAAUCGGGUUCUUUGAAAGUCCCUUUGGAAUCAUUUAAAUACAGGUUGCGGGAGGGGAAAGGGAACUAUAAAAAGUUUGACCUUGAGCAAGAUUUUUUGGUUACAUGUGUGGCAAACAGAAUUAGUUUAAAACAGGGAGGUUAACAGAAGAUUAGGAAUUUUAGCAGAUAGCAAACAGAAUGUGCCAUUGCGUAGUCCUUAACAUAAGAACAUAGGAACGGCCAUACUGGGUCAGACCAAAGGUCCAUCUAGCCCAGUGUCCUGUCUUCCGACAGUGGCCAAUGUCCGGUGCCCCAGAGGGAACAAACAGAACAGGUAUAUCUGAUUAUACCAUGGCUUCUAAUGGAAAAGACACAACUAUGGCAUCCCCAGAGCAUGGGGAGGAAGAGCAACAGAAUGUCUUGAGGAGAGUGGCCAGUCUACCUUUAGUCAAUUCUGCCUGUGAUCUGGCUGCCACUGCCUAUGUUUCCACUAAGGAGAGCCAUCCCUAUGUGAGGUCCAUUUGUGACAUGGCAGAGAAGGGAGUGACCUCCAUAACCAGUGCUGCAGUUAGCAGUGCACAGCCAGUUGUAACUAAACUUGAACCUGAGGGGACAACAGAGGAGGAGUGUGUUUCUGAAGUACCUGACAAAGUGGAGGAGAAUCUACCAGUCCUUCAACAGACUGCUGAUGAGGCUACAUCUGAGACACAGGAGUUGGCCAUUUCCAGACUGACAGAUGUCAAGGAGACCAUGAUCAGAGUGGUAGAUAUGACCAAAGAGGCUGUGCAGGACAGUAUGAAGACCACCAAAUCAGUGGUAACUGACAGCAUGAGCACAGUUGUGGAAUCAAGAAUGGGCCAAUUGGCCAUAAGUGGAAUGGAAGCAGUCCUGGAGAAAUCUGAAGAGCUCUUGGAUCACUAUCUUCCCAUGACAGAUGAUGAACUAGCUGAACUUGCUGAAUCUGUGGAAGGGGCUGAAGUGUCUUCAGCACAACCACAAGAGCAUCGGAGUUACUUCGUGCGUUUAGGUUCCCUGUCAACCAAACUUCGCCAACGUGCCUACUGCUAUUCCCUAAACAAGAUGAGACACACCAGUCAAAGCAUCAGAGAGGCUCUUUCCCAGCUUCAUGAAACCAUGGGACUGAUUGAAUACCUUAAGCAAGGUGUUUCUCUCCAAGAAGUCCAGGAGAAGUUCCAUCACAUAUGGCUGAGCUGGAAUAGAGAGCAGCCAGAAAGCAGUGAAAUCAAGGAUUUGGGAAAACCAGAGAUGGAGUUUGAGACCCUGGCUAUGUCCCGCAGCAUUAUCCAGCAGCUGCAGGAUGCCUGCCAGAUGCUAGUAGCCAGCAUUCAAGGUCUCCCCACCAACUUUCAGGAUAAGGUGAAACAGAUGUAUCACAACAUGGAAGAGCUUCAUGCAUCCUUCUCCACUGCCCAUUCCUUCCAGGAUCUCUCCAGCAGCCUCCUAACCCAGAGCCAGGAGAUGGUGACCAAGGCCCAGGAAUAUGUAGAUGAGCUGAUGGCAUACGUGAUGGAGACUACUCCUCUGUCUUGGGUUGUGGGACCCUUCAUCCCAUUGGGUCUCCAAGAUUUUGGAGUAACUUUUUGUAGUGAGACUGACUUUGGGGGUCUGAAGUGAAAUGGGAAGAUCUAAAACUAGCUCAGAUUACAGCUAUUGCUACUAUCAAAAGAUACAGGAGAAAAAUGGUUAUUGCCAUGUGUUGCUUUGCUAUUUUUAUGUCUACUGUAAUUGUAUUCGGACUGCCUAGGUGUGGCCUCUAACUACGUGGCUUGAAGACGGAGUUGAAAUGAAGGUGGAUUUUAUUGGUUUGUCCGUCUGUCCACUAAUCCCAAUCCUGGACUCUGUCAAGCCUGCCUUACAUCCUUUAAGAGCUGGUUGUUGUUGUUUUUGUGUAUUUAAAAAACACAUUUGGAUAUGAUGCAUCUCCCCUUUUUAUUCUUUUGUCUGCUUUAGAUCCUAGUUGUAGUAGCUUCUUGUAAGAAGGGUACAGUUGGGACUUGCUUUCUAUGAAAUGCAGUGAUAGAAAGGAUGUCAUGUUCU